AUGAAGGUCGUCACCACAUUUCAUCCGUCGUCUUCGGUAGUCAGUUCCCUGAAAUGCCAUCUCACUCCUGACACAUCUCUCGAGCAUCUUGUUGUCGCAAAGAUCAACAGAAUAGAUAUAUUCUCUACUCGGCCGGAGGGUCUGAAACACGAAUGUGGUGUAGAUAUAUGGGGCCGUAUCUCGGCUCUCAAGGCUGUCGCAUCCACGAACUCUCGAGAUAACCUCUUACUACUAACAGACCAUCCAGAUCCAAAGGUAGUCCUACUUACCAGCAGAAACUCGAAGACAGGAGGGCUUCUGCUCGAGUUAUCGCAAACCAUCGAGCUCUAUGAACGAAAUGCGCGCCCGGCUGAGUUCCUGCAAGACGUGGUUGUGAAUGCAUCUGGUCGAGUUGCUAUUGCCAGUUGUUACGCAGGCAAGCUGAGGGCAAUCGUUUUCAAAGGCGAUCGAAUGGAUGUGGACUUUGAUGUUGCAGUACCAGAGUUCAGUGUACUCUCUCUUGCUUUCAUAUCGUCCCGCUCCGGUAUACACGCUCUGGCAAUAUUGCACCUGGAUCACAACCAACAAGUGCAGCUUCUUUCGCGCGAUUUAGAUAUUAGCGCAUAUGAGUUAUCCCCUUCUCCAUCUCUCUUGCUCCCCCCUACCCCUCUCCCGACUGCAGCAUAUCCUUUCACAGACAGUCCACCCAUCCUCAUCAACGUUCCCUCCAUAGAGUCUGUGAGCUUCGAUGACGAUGAUGACGCCGUGUUCUCAGGGGGUGUGCUGGUAGUUGGGGGACGGAAGAUCCAAUUAUUUCCGUUUGCGUCCAAAGACUGGCAGGACAAAUACAAGGGUAAGCAAAGGAGAUUGGAAAGUAAGAAGAAGAGCAAGGACGAGAAGCUAUCAUUGUUGGCCAAAGAGAAAGAGAAAGACAGAGAGACCAAGAAGCGGAAGGCUAAGGCCAAUGUCGAUUGGCCAUGGAGUGAGGUAACAGCAUGGUGUCCUGUCUCUGGGACCGGCACUAGUUACAUCAUUGGGGACGCAUAUGGCCAGUUGGCCUUGCUCUCGCUCGACCGUUUGCAGGAUCAGGGGCUCAUUCUUCUUCCACUCGGUCAAGUUUCUCCACCGACAACGCUCACGUACCUGUCAUCACAAGUAUUCUAUCUGGGUUCUCACUUUGGAGACUCGCAACUCCUUAGAGUCCACUCAUCGCCAUUUUCGGCACUCAAACUUCCCACUUUACUUAUCGCCCCUAGCGUUGUAACCGUCUCUCCUGAUUUUCUUAUAUCAAACGAUAAGGGCAAGGGGAAGGCCGGUGUCGACUCAAGGAAGGACAUCGGCCGAGUCGUUCGGUCCCAGGGCAAUUUCUUAGAGGUCAUGGAUACGUGGAAGAACAUUGCCCCUAUUAUGGAUGCAGUGCUGGCAGAUACAGACGGGAGCGGACAUUCUAAUAUAGUGACAUGUUCCGGCGGCAAGAAUGCUGGGAGCUUGCGAGUCAUACGGAACGGUGCAGACUUCCAUGAACAGGCCCUUAUCGAAGGAUUUCAUGAUGUGACAGGGCUAUGGUCGAUUCGACCCACCUUUAAGAAUCUUCAGGACUCACAUAUCAUUGUCUCAGACGGGCAACAAUCCUCUGUUUUCCGCCUGAACAACACAGAGACGGUCACACGAAUCGAUCCAUUAGUUGCUGGUUUCAUCACAAAGUCUCCGACUCUAGCUGUAAACAAUCUGGCCAGACGCACAAAGAAACCGGGUGCUACCUCUUUGACGUACGAAGACUCGCCACUCGUUGUUCAGGUCACCCCCAAACGGGUAGUGUUGGUUGAAUACGAUGCAACUCUGGACAUGCAUCGAGUGGUGAGCGAGUGGGCUCCAAGUGAUCAGGGAGUAACGUGGUCCAGGAGAGAGAUCGUACUUGCCUCUGUCAACAGCAGCCAGAUCGUUUUGGCAUUAAAAGGAGGCCGGGUAGCUGUGUGGUCGCCCUCAACCAUAAAUGGUGUCGUAGGCAUUGAUCAUAUCCCAUGUAGCCAUCGCGAUCUGGCUGGUGAAAUAGCGGCAAUUUCUUGCAGCCCAAUCAAUCAUUCGGAUCCAUUCUCGGCAUUCGUUAUUGUGGGAUUCUGGGCACCUCACCGCGUGGAGAUCCUGUCUGUUACCAAAGCAAACGACUACUUAGGGCGUGUAUGCGAUCCCGUCCACGUUCCAUCGCUUCCUCGCUCUCUUCUAUUACUUGGUUUCGUACCGCCGCCCGCACCGACCAGCUCUGAAUAUCAUUCGCAUCUGUUGAUCGGAUUGGCAGAUGGAACGUUGGUAUCAUACUCAUAUCAAGGACAACAACUCGGCGACAGAAAAACCAUGUCACUAGGUCAUUCACCGGUCUCUCUAGUCAGGAGUCAGGUAGAUGGACGCUCUACUGUGCUUGCGUUGGGAACGACAGCUGCUAUGUUGUUCUGGGGCAAGGAGCGUCUACAGCGUUCGCCUGUCCUCUUGAAAGAUGCAUCUGCCGCAUCCGUGGUGAACACUGCGUGGUGGCAAUCGUGUCUUGUGGCCGCGACCUCGUCUGGUCUAGUAAUCGGACGCGUUCGCGACUUGGACAAGAUGCACAUUCGCUCAAUCCCUUUGGGCUUGGACAACCCUCGAAGGUUAGCAUAUUCUCCCGCCCUGAGGACCUUUGGAGUAGGGUGUGUGCGCACGGAGCCUGGACGUGUUGGCGAUGCGGAGAUGAUGGCCAGCUCUUUCAAAGUGCUCGACGACACGACGUUUCAGGUUUUGGGUCAAUUUGCAUGCGAGAUGCAUCAUGAAGUCACAGCUAUCCAGAAUGUCAUUGUCAAAGGGGGGGAUUCCCACUGGUGCCUGGGGACAGCAAAUUUUGACCCGGCCGAAAAGGAACCUUCGCAAGGACGAUUGUAUGUCUUUUCAAUGAAUGACAGGAGUUCGGCACACAUUGCUCUCGAAAUUGUGGCCUCAAUCGAUGUCCCCGGCUGUAUUUAUCAGUUGUCAUCGAUCGAUGGCUUCAUCGUGGGCGCGGUGAAUUCUUCGGUUGCGGUUUAUAGAUUGGAGGCUGGUGACAAUCCAUCUUUGACAAAAGUCUGCGAGUGGAAUCAUAAUUACCUAGUCAUGAGCCUCGCAACCCAUGGCUCUCGCUUGAUCGUUGGAGACGCCAUUAGCUCUGUCUCUAUAUUAUCUUUCCAGGGUGAGACUUUGACAACAGUCGCAAGGGAUUAUGGUCCUUUAUGGCCAGUCGCAGUCGAAGCAUGGGGGGAAGAAGGCGUUGUUGGUGCAAAUAGCGACUGCAACCUCUUUACUUUCAGCGUUCAACGUUUAGAACAAAGGACGGUUUUGUAUCGAGAUGGGCACUAUCAUCUCGACGACCUUGUCAACAAAAUUGUGCUGGGCGCUAUACAUUCGUCGGAUGCCGCUGAAGAUGCGAUUGAAUCAAAAGCCUUGAUUUUCACGGCAUCGGGGCGGAUAGGUGUCCUUCUUGACAUGGGCGAGGAGCUUUCCUUACAGAUGAGUGCUGUUCAGCGGAACCUAAGCAAGAUCGUCACCGAUGUCGCGGGGGCUCGUCAUACAAGGUGGAGAACGCCAGCUGGAGGACGGGAGAGGACGGAUGCUGAUGAGGCCGCUUAUGGUUUCCUUGAUGGUGAUUUCUUAGAGCAGUUUAUGAAUUACUCUGAGACAUCACCGGAGAUGGAACAGAUCAUGUCAGGUGAGAACGAGGCAGAAAAGCUGGCGCAGAAGUACGCGCAUAUACGACGAAUUUUGGAGACCCUUCAGGGCAUGCAUUAG